CGUGUGGUUGUGGUUGUUGUGCACUAUUUCUCCGAAUUCUGCUGCAUUUCUGGGUUGGCGUGAUCAGCGCUCUGCCGUCCGCCCUGGAAGGUUGCGCCCCUUGUUUGUCUUGAGCUUGUGUGACAAGCGAGCCUCCCCAUCCGAUCGAGCGCCGCCCGUCGAGCUGUGGAUUGCCUGUGGACUUCGAGGCACAACACCACCACCACCACCUCCGUGUCCUCGUUCGCCAUCUGCCCUCACCAGGCGCCGACGACUCCUGCUUCAUACGCCCGCUGAAACCUCACCUUCGCUUCUCGCCCACCACAUUCGCUUCUGAUCCGCUAACCAACGUUCGUUCGCCGUUGUCCCGGACCUUCCGAAGUCGCGUCGAGGAGCACCACAAAGCUGGGAAGGCACAACUCGAUACAGCCGCACGCCCGCCGGCGACCAUCUCAACUGCGCUCUCCGCACGCGUUUACGCCCUCGCGGGCACACUUCUCGGCCAGCCAUGGCGCAACAUGGAUAUCGGCUGUCGACAUACUCGAGCGCAUCGCGGACCAACACGAUGCAAAACCACAAUCAGCCCUCCUCGUCCCAGGUCUCGACCACAACACUGCUCAAUGCCUUGCACAGCUGCUUCAAGGAGGGUACGCCCUAUGCGCUCGAAUCGAGCACCAGCCUGGUCGUCAACACAUGGCAGACGGGAUGUAGCACUGGCCCUGAUGGCCGAUACGGCGGCGCUGUGGACGCGGAGCUAGCCAGGCGGACAUGGGAGCAUGCUCGAAGGAGAGCUGAGGACGCAUGCAUUGUUCUUGGCUCUCUCCAUCAAUCCACGCCAUCACUAUUCGCACCCUUCGUCUCCGCCCUGCCUCUCAGCGUGCCGGGCACAUUUUACACCGCAUUGGAUGCCCUGAAGCCUUUCUUGCGCACAGUUACACCAUUUAAUCCAUCUCUACCGCGAUAUUCAGCACUUUCUGCAACAUUCACGCUCGCCCUGACUGGCGAGCUGACCGGCGCCUCCAUCGCCCUCUCAACAUCCGGCAUCGACACGGAGGGGGGACUUACUCAUAUUCCAGCACAACCCGGCUACAGGGCCUUCGACGUCUUCUACUAUCUCCUCCAUGCACAAUCGGAGCAAGAGCGCGAGGCACUGUCAUUGAAACAGCCACAUGAAUAUGCCCUUCUUCGAAAGACUGACACCUACGGUCCUCCCGCAUUUCUGCCCGCCGCCGAUGAUGCAGCAGCUGCAGAGGACUUCCGAGAGUCGCUCAAGGCCAUCGGUGUCAAGGGAAGGAGCCUCAGAAGUCUCCUCGCAGUCGUCUCCGCCAUACUUCGACUUGGAGACGCCACAGGGUACCUUAUCGAACAGGAAGAGCUGAUUGCAGCAUGCGAGGAAGUGGCAGGUCUCCUUGACAUUGACGAGGAGGUGCUCCUCAAGAAGUGUGUUACGGAAGAGCGAGAGAUUCUGAUCGGAGCACUAUACGAAGCUCUCGUGGACUGGGUUAUUGCACAAGCCAACGAGGCAAUCAGACAUGAUAUUCGCACUGGUCGGGCCCUAGGCUCCAGCAGUGGCAGCGAUGGUGCCAUGACUCCGCCGAGCGCGGACGAUAUCGACAGCGUGAGCAUUACUGUCAUUGAGAUCCCUGCCCAACAUCUCGGCAAGGCUGUCAGCCUGAAAACAGUCUUCGAUGACCGAGUCGGAAUCAAUCUCGAGAUGAAAGAAGAUGGCUUGCCAAUCCAACCUACAGGCGCAUCUGUAAUCAAGGAAAUGGACGCAGCUGUCCAAAAGUCAGAAGCAGAUUUGGGCAUUCAAGGCACAUCUCUAAAGGAGCGAGAGGUCUGGCUCGACCGCCGCCAAGGUACACUCGAGAAGAUUGGCGUAGAAACAGAAGACGAGAGCUUCUUGCGCCAAAUGCUGUACCCCGUUUCCGGCCAGGGAAUCGUGCUCGGUUCGAACGGUCGAUUCAACCUGAUGAACACGCUUGGCAGCAGCAGAGUGUGGUUCCAAUUGUGCCUGCACCCAAGCGACGAGCCUCCGGAGAGAUUCGCUAACGUAGCUCCGGGAAGCGUGCCGUGGUCUGCAGGAAGCGUCUCCAGUCAAAUCCGAAGCUGGCGACUGGCCGAGUGGGCAAACUACAGGACCAAGCAGCUUGACUUCACCGCGGACUUUGAUGUGGAAGAAUUCGUCGAACGCUACCGCCGCCUCGGAUGUCAUGAUGGCCGUGAAGGAGUCGAGAGCUGGAUUCUGGAACGCGGCUGGAGCAACGGCGAGGUCGUUGUUGGCCACGAACGCAUCUGGAUGCGUGAGAGUGCCUACUGGGAAGCCGAGAGUAUGCUCGACAUGAAGCCAGCUGACGACAUGUCCGCACCCGGAAUGCUUGGUGGAAUGGUCGGCGCAGCUGGUAUGGAGAGCUACAACCAGGGCCCCGGCAUGAAUAGCGGUUUCUUCGAAGACCCCAAUCGCGAGACGAUGCACGCCCACAACCCAAGUCAAGUAGCCCCAAGCAGAUUGGGCGCGAAGUCGCUCGCUCCAACAGUAGCCCAUACCAUGCGCAGCACUAGUGGUGGUGACUAUGGCCUAGGCUUCAAAGGAGACGACAAGCGAAACUGGAUCGGAUUCGAAGGCGAGAUCGAUGCAGAGCAGGCCGCAGGGAAGGAGUUGGUCGUCCAGAAGGUCACCAAAGGCCGCAGGAUGUGGGUUGCCCUCGUCUGGGCUCUCACCUUCUGGAUUCCUUCUUUCAUGCUUUCCGCAAUCGGCAGAAUGAAGCGCAGAGAUGUGCGACAGGCCUGGCGAGAGAAGUUCGCCUUGUGUUUCCUGAUUCUGGUUUUGAACUUCACCAUCGUCUUCUACAUCGUCGCCUUUGGAAACCUGUUAUGUCCGAAUCGUGACAAGGCGUGGAAUCGCAAGGAAGUGUCCUACCACCAAGGAGACGACGAUUUCUUCGUUUCUUUCCGGGGCGGUGUCUACGAUCUCAGCAAGUUCUGGAAGCUGCAGCACUCUGACACGAAUAUCGAUACCACGGAAGAGAACAUGCAGCCCUUCGCCGGCACUGAUGUGACUCCAUACAUCGUACCUCCGCUCACCGUCGCCUGCCCUGGCCUCGUCACCUCUACUUCGAUCCAGCUUCAGAGCAAUAACACCCUCCUGUACCCCAACGGAGAGCACAAGUCGGGACCGCAAUUCCAGCCCGACAGGACGACUAAGCUCAACAACAUCAACUGGUAUGUCGACGACUUCCUGCCACGCAUGAAGGAAUACUACAAGGGUCAACUCGUGUACAAGAGGUCUGCCGUGACAAGUGACGGCCAAAAGUACAGUCGCAAAUGGUUCAUCAUCGAUGACAGAGUCUACGACCUUACAGACUACUUCUACACACUCAAGCAGCAGAAUGAUCUCCCGAGUUACAGCUUCUUCGCAGAUGACGUUGAGGAACUGGUACAAAAUAAUCCUGGUUCGGACAUCACUGAGGACUGGAACAACAAAUUGAACUUCACGACCCGCACGAACAGCAUGAACUGUCUCAAUAACAUGUUCUACAUUGGUGAUACCGACUUCCGCCAGUCUGCUCGCUGCCAGGUUAAUGGCUACAUCCUGUUGGGUUUCACCAUCAUCCUCUGCGCUGUCAUUGCCAUCAAGUUCCUGGCAGCUCUCCAGCUCGGCUCCAAGAAGAGGCCAUCUCAACAGGACAAGUUCGUCAUCUGCCAGGUUCCAGCAUACACGGAAGGUGAAGAUUCCUUGAGAAAGGGCCUCGACUCUCUGACUGCUCUGGCCUAUGACAACAAAAGGAAACUAAUCUGCGUUAUCUGCGAUGGAAUGAUUGUCGGAGGCGGCAAUGACCGCCCUACGCCAAAGAUCGUGCUCGACAUUCUUGGUGUCGAUCCCAAGAUUGAUCCUCCUGCUUUGCCAUUCAAGUCGCUUGGUCUCGGUGGCGAGCAGCUGAACUAUGGUAAGGUAUACUCCGGCUUGUACGAAUACGAAGGCAAUGUUGUUCCCUACAUUGUCGUUGUGAAAGUCGGCAAGGAAUCUGAGCAGCAAAAGUCGAAACCUGGCAAUCGUGGCAAGCGUGACUCGCAGAUCAUGCUGAUGAGCUUCUUGAACCGCGUGCACCACCGAUCCGCCAUGAACCCACUGGAGUUGGAGAUGUUCCAUCAAAUCAACAACAUUAUUGGUGUUGACCCGGAGCUCUACGAAUAUCUUUUCAUGGUCGACGCCGAUACCAAGGUCAAGGAAGAUUCACUCAAUCGACUGAUCUCUGCUUGUGCCAACGAUGCAAAGAUUGCUGGUAUCUGUGGAGAAACAUCCCUGGAGAACGAGGAACGGUCUUGGUGGACUAUGAUUCAAGUGUACGAAUACUACAUUUCCCAUCACCUGGCCAAGGCUUUCGAGAGCUUGUUCGGUAGCGUGACGUGUUUGCCUGGAUGUUUCUGCAUGUACCGACUACGCACAUCCGACAAAGGACGCCCGCUUAUCAUCGCCGACAAGGUCAUUGCUGAAUACGCGGACAACAACAUCGAUACCCUCCACAAGAAGAAUUUGUUCUCUCUCGGUGAGGAUCGUUACUUGACGACUAUCAUGACCAAACACUUCCCGUCGAUGUCCUACAAAUUCCUUCCUGAUGCUUAUGCGCUCACUGAAGCACCUGCGCAAUGGAGUGUGCUGCUCUCGCAACGUCGUCGUUGGAUCAACUCGACCAUCCACAAUCUGGCUGAGAUGAUGCAGGUAGACCUUUGUGGCUUCUGCUGUUUCAGCAUGAGAUUUGUGGUCUUCAUCGAUCUUUUUGGUACCCUCAUCCUCCCGGCAACCUGCGCAUACCUGGUCUACUUGGUUUAUGUGGUAGCUACCGGAACCGGACAAUUCCCGCUGAUCUCCAUUGUUAUGCUUGCAGCUGUGUACGGUCUGCAGGCUAUCAUCUUCUUGGUCAAGCGACAGUGGCAACACAUUGGAUGGAUGAUCAUCUACAUUCUGGCAUAUCCGAUCUGGUCUUUCGUCCUGCCAGUGUAUUCUUUCUGGAAGCAAGAUGAUUUCUCGUGGGGUAACACGCGUGUCGUGGUUGGAGAGAAGGGUGACAAGCGAGUCGUUGCUGUUGACGAUGAGGGUUUCGACCCUCGAAGCAUUCCCCUCCAACGAUGGGACGACUAUGCUACUGCCAACAAUCUUCCUGGACGCCGUACCAUGUUUGAGGAGAAGGACAUGCACAUGUACGAUGCAGGUGGUUACGAGAUGGAUGACAUCCGCUCGGUAUAUUCUAGUGUGAAGCCGGCUUCCACUAUCCUUACGGGCUUCCCACAGAACCAGUCUUUCCGGCCGCCGCAAUCGCCUGGCCCAUACAAUGCACUUGGACGCAACUCGACUUUCUCGGCAAUGACUGGCCGCUACCACGAUCAGGCUACGCCGAACGAGUCGCAGCAGCGUCUGAUGUCGAUGGGCGGCAUGAGCGACCACUACCGACCACAGUACAGCCCACAGCACCAAUCAACCGACAAUCUUAUGGGCAACAUGCAAUCACCUCCGCUGUACUCGCACGGCGGGCGGUCGCCUGUCCCUGGUGCCGGGCCUUUUGGCAGCCGACCUGGCAGCACCAACCCACAAUCUCUGCACGGCUUCCAGACGCAAGGCCCGACGAACGAGGCCAUCACGAUGGCCAUCCGCGAGUGCCUCGGUGAGGUCGACAUGGACAGCGUGACCAAGAAGCAACUCAAGGCUUUGACCGAGCAAAAGUUGCAAUGUCAAUUGGUCGGCGAGAAGAGGGCUUUCCUCGAUGCUCAAAUCGACAUUGAACUUGCUUCCAUGUAGAACGACAAGCAUUUCAGACUGAUGGCGUUGAAAUGGAGACGCAGCAGAAGCGUGUGAACAAUUAUGCAUUGGAGGCGUUGUGUUUGGGAUGGAUUGAUGAAAUCUGGAGAUGUGACCAAAACUUCGUCAACCAAAGCGCAAAGAUUCCUUUUUGAUAUUGAUAAAAAGCACAAACAGCACAGGGUGGGCGCGAACUACGGUUGAGCCUUUUUAGUAAGGCGCAAGUCGCUCUCUUGGUUAUUCAUCUAAGGACUUUCCGGGGCAAAGUGGCUUCGAAAAGGCGCGGGAGCUUUGUGUGGGACUUUGUGUGUGUGUGUUGGUAAUAUAAUGAAACGACGAAAACUAUGUACAGUGAAUUCGAAGAACUUUGACACAG